AAUUAUUGACCUCGACUACAGAGUUGGGGAAGAGUUGUCCCAUAUUUUUGUUGGAUCGAACUUAAGUUUUUGGAGACAUUAAACUGACUGCCAUGGAGGACCAAGCUGUCACUAACUUCAGGGAAUAUUUGAGAAUUACAACCGUGCAUCCCAACCCUGACUAUGAUGGUGCACUUGCUUUCUUGGAGGAGAUAGCAAAAGAGAUUGAACUACCUUACAAAAUAAUAGAGGUUUUUCCAGAGCGUAAGGUCCUUAUAAUGACAUGGGAAGGACAGGAACCAACCUUGCCUUCAGUGCUUCUUAACUCCCACACAGAUGUGGUACCAGUCUUUCCAGAAGGGUGGAAGGUGGACCCAUUUAGCGCCGAAAAGAUGCCCAAUGGAGACAUCUAUGCCAGGGGGACCCAGGACAUGAAAAGUGUUGGAAUUCAAUAUCUAGAGGCUGUCAGAAGGUUGAAGUCUCAAGGGACAACAUUUAAAAGAACAAUACAUCUAACAUUUGUUCCAGAUGAGGAGAUUGGAGGUGUGAAGGGAAUGAAGAUGUUCUUGGACCAUGAAGAGUUCAAGAAAUUGAACAUCGGCUUUGCCCUGGAUGAAGGACUGGCAAAUCCCAAGGAUACUUUUACUGUGUUUUAUGGGGAAAGAGCAGCUUGGCGUGUGUGGAUACAGUGCACUGGGAACCCUGGACAUGGCUCAAGAUUUAUAGAGAACACUGCAGCUGAAAAACUGAGACGUGUGAUCAACAGCUUCCUGGAUUUCAGAGGCAUGGAAGAAAAGAAAUUGAAAGAUACUGGCUGUUUGAGGUUGGGUGAUGUAACUACAUUGAAUUUGACAAUGUUAGAGGGAGGAAUCCAGUUCAAUGUUGUGCCAAGCAAACUUUUUGCAGGAUUUGAUAUUCGUAUCGCUCCGACGGUAGAUCUUGCAGUCUUUGAAGACACUAUCAAGUCUUGGUGUGAGGAGGCUGGAGAAGGUGUAACAUAUGAGUUCCAUCAGAAAGGGAUGUGCCAGACUCUAACUAGGACAGAUGAUGACGACAUCUGGUGGAAAGCCUUCAGUUCUGCCUGUAGUGGAAUGGGGAUGACUUUAGAAAAGGAAAUUUUCCCUGCUGCCACCGACAGUAGAUCUCUGAGAGAGGCUGGCUACCCUGCCAUUGGUUUCUCUCCAAUGAACAACACACCCAUCUUGUUGCACGAUCACAACGAGUUCCUUAAUGAGGCUGUCUUUCUGAAAGGCAUUGAGAUCUAUUGUGGAAUUAUUCCAGCGCUGGCAAAUGCUUGAAAAAUUAUCAAGGGGCAAAUACAUUGACACGAAAAUAAGCAAAGUGUCAUUGAAACGAAUUAAAAUAAUCAGACAGUUGUUUAGGGCUUCGUGUUGCUGGUGCUUACCAUAAUCAGGUCUUCAUUGCAUGAUCACAGAUUGUUUGUGUGAUCAUUAAUAGAUUGUAUGAUCAUGAAUUGAUUGUAUGAUCAUAGAUUGACUGUAUGACCUUAUAUUGUUUGUAUGAUCAUAAAUUGUUUGUAUGAAGAUAAAUGUGAUCAUAAAUUGUUUGUAUGAUGAUAAAUAUUUGUAUGAUCAUAGUUUUUUUUAUGACUAAACAUGGUUUGUAUGGUCAUUGAUUGUUUCUAUGAUCAUAUAUUGUUUGUAUGAUAAUAGAUUGGUUUCAUGGUCAUAUAUUGUUACUAUUGCCAUAUAUUGUUUGUAUAUUGUGUGAAUGAGCGUAAAUGUGUUGCAUAGACAUAGAUUGUUUAUAUAUGAACAUAGAUUAUUAAUAAUUAUGAUCAUAUAUUGUGUUCAUAAUCAUGGAUUGUUUGCAUAGUUAUUUAUUAUUUUCAUCAUGUUAUAUUGUUUGUAUGAUCACACUUUUUUGUAUACUAAAAUAUUGUUUUAAUGAUCAUGUAUUUUUGUGUCAAUAUAGAUUAUUUGUAUAAACAAUGAUUUUUUUUAUGUAUGGUCAUGGAUUGUUUGCAUAAUCUUAGCUUGUUUGUAUGAUCGCUUUUAUAUAAAAUAAAAAAAAAUUGUAUGGUCAUAUAUUUUGUGUGUGAGCAUAGCUUGUUUGUGUGAAUGAAGAUUGUUGUGUAUGAUUAUUUAUUGUUUUAAAUCAUACGAUUUAUAAAGACUCAAAUAAUGAAAAUCUUUAAAUCCCUGACACUUGGAUACACAGAUGCUUAAUUUGUAUAUAUAUAUCAUGCUGUGAUCCUCUUGAAAGUAUUUUAAUUUAUACGGCUGGGGUAAACACCUAUGUAUUUCUCUACGAAAAAUUGUUCCAUGAGUUCCAUACUCCAAAAUAUACAUGCUCGGACUAAUAUUGCAAAAUAUCUUUGAUAAGCUCUGAAACAUUACCAAGGUGAGCAGUCUUGGACCAACCAGGCGCUCUUGUUAUUAUCUUAAAAUACCCGGUACAUACAAAAACUAUGAGCCAUUCGUUUUUAUCUACGUAUUAAAACAUGCACACUUUGUUAGGAGAAUUUCGCUCAUUUCUAGAUAGGAAUUUGCGACCAGUGGUCUAAGAUUGUGGUGACCAUUUAACUCUCGGUUUUGAUGAUUUUUAUGCACUUACGUGGGCCGAUAUAUCCGCUUUAUCUUCUAUGUUUUCAUCAGGUCCUUUGUAAUAUGAAGUGCGAACUUAUCUUCAGUCGAUAAGUCAACGCGAUUUACUUUCCCGUACAGUGCGUAACUUGUAAUAAAUAACACCUUCUCACGAAGGCGAGGGGUUUUUGGGUGUCUAUAUUUGUACUUCGGCCUUUUCCUCAGACUAUUGUCAUCUUUUAAAUGGCUAGUCUUUGUUUGCACAAAAGAAUUUUCGGAUAUUUUCGACAUCUAAUAAGGCCGUAUUUGAUUCUGUACAUCGUGUGUAUACAUGCCUGGUUUUGUAUCUAACCAUUAAAUUGUUUCUUUAAACAUGAUCAUAAUGCUUUCUUUGACCGUCUACAAGUUGCGUAUCACUAUUUUAAAUGCGUGAAAAAUUAGCACUUGAUAAAGUUCGUCAUUUGAAGGUACAUGCAAUGAAUGACUAACAAAUCAGGAUUCGGACGUUCACUAAAAUCGUCGUGGGAAAAUUGACCAAUAUAACUGAGAAUAAUUGCGGCUGAACGCUUCCGUUUUGACGUUAGACGGAGUAAUUGUUUGAAAACUGGUACACUUAAUUUGUAAGCCUGAUUUUGAUACUAGUAUAUUAUAGUAUGUUGCGAUGCUGUUUUUGACGUGCAGUAGCAAAAGCUGUGCCCAUUUAUAUUCUCUCUUUAUACUUCCGUUCCACAUCAAUCACGAAUCCAAUUAAUAGAUUAAAAACAUUUUUUGUAGUUGAGCCAGGAGUCGUCGCUAGUUCUUGAAGGUAUUAUCUGGUUUGGAAAUUACGUAGUUAGUUCUUGCAAUUCUUGUGUAGUCGGACAUCUUGACAAUAUACAAAGAUAUUAA